CGUAAGCGUGUUAUUAUAGUGUCUCUCCUCCUUGCAUCAAGUUUCAAGAAAAGAGAGGUAACAAACGCUUGCACAAACUGAGGACUCAGAAGCCAAAUGUUAGUACUCCAAAGAAGUAGACAUAUAUAGCACCUUUUUGGAAUGGCAUGGCCUUCUCUCUCCUCUCUCUCAAAAUCCCAGCAAUCUCACUGACCCUCAUCACCACUCUCCUUUUCUUCCUCCUCCUCAGACCAUCAUCAUCCCCAAUUCACCCCUCCGCAGAUCUACCAAUCCCACACAGGUCCCUCCUCAACACCACCCUACAAUCCUGCUCAUCCAUCACCCAAAUCCCACCUCACCAACGCUGCUCUUUCUCCCUCCUCCACUGCUCCGGCGACUCCAAUGGCCUCCUCAACUACUUCUCUCUCCACUUCUGCCUCUUCCGCGAAAACCCAUUUCUCUCCAUCCCCUUUCUCUCUCUGUGCAUCCUCUUACAGUUCUAUAUCUUGGUCAAGACCGCACAGGACCGAUUCUCUGUUGUUGUCACCAAGCUCGCGACCCACCUCAAUUUGUCCCCUAGUAUGGGCGCUGUGACGCUCCUAGCUCUCGGGAAUGGAGCCCCGGACGUGUUCGCAUCCGUUGCCGCCGUCCGUGGCGGCCAAUUGAGGACUGGGUUCGGUGCGAUUUUGUCUGCGGGGACCUUCGUUUCCGCCUUUGUUGUAGGGUUUGUGGCAAUUUAUGCAGCACCCUUUUCAGUUGAUCCUGCACCGUUUGUGAGGGACGUGUUGUUUUACUUGACUGCGGCUUUGUUCUUGUUCUAUGUGUAUCUUAGUGCUGAGAUUUUUCUUUGGCAGGCAAUUGGGUUUGUUGGGUUUUAUGUGUUCUUCGUUGGGUUUGUGUUUUGGAUGGAUUUAGGGAUGGAUAAUGGGAAAGGGAAAUGUGGGAGUGAGAAGGGUUCGGUUGGGGAUGUUGAGGUCCAUAAGGGUUUGAUGACAUCGGAUAGCGAAAAUGGAGAAGUAAUGGAGAAAUUGGACGAAAAGAAACCUGCUUCUGGUUUUCAACAAGCAUUUGGGCAGAUCUCGAAGGCAUGGGAGAUUCCAGUCUCACUACUUCUGAAGCUCACAAUCCCCCAAACUUCACCUUCUGAAUGGAGUAGGUUCUAUCAUUCUGUCAACAUAGCUAUUUUCCCUCUUGCCAUUUUGUACUCUUGCAACUCGUUCAUACCACUAAAUCAUCCCAUCUCUUUUCUUAUUUCAAACGUCCAUUUCCCUCUCUGGUUGGUCGUACUCUUUGCAAGCUCUUCUCUAGCAGCUCUUCACUUCAUAGUGGAAAAAGAGCCCCCCAAAACUGAGCAAUUGCCAGUAGUGCUCCUAGCAUUUGUAAUGAGCGUAUUUUGGAUCUCCACUGUGGCCAGAGAACUCUUGAACUGCCUUGCAGCUCUUGGAGUGCUUCUCAAAUUGCCUCCUGCUCUCCUCGGGCUAACAGUACUUGCAUGGGGAAACUCAGUGGGUGAUCUUGUCGCCGAUGUGGCAGUUGCAAAAGCAGGCCAGCCAGCAAUGGCCAUGGCUGGGUGCUUUGCUGGACCCAUGUUUAACAUGCUCUUUGGGCUUGGAACAGCUUUGGUGAUUCAGACAGCUGAUAUCUAUCCGAAAGCUUAUGAGCUCCAUUUUCACGUGAGUAUCGUAAUCGCAUUUGUGUUCUUGCUUCUCAGCCUAAUGGGGUCCCUGUUGGUAGUACUUUGGUGCAGAUUCCGGGUGCCUAGAUUUUGGGGAUUCUGCCUUGUCGGCCUCUAUAUUGUUUUUAUGGCAGUGAGCUUAAUCAUUGCCAAGUUUUCAGUGUGAUUUUUCUACCCACCUAAAGAACGGCUGAUUCGAUCACUACUAAAUCAAUAAUGGCAACCCAACGGAUGAUUAUGCAAGCAAUUCAAUAUCUGGGUUUUAACAGCUUACUGAACCAGUCUACGCUUUUCAGCAUUGCUCAUGCUAUAAAGAAUGUGUUGAUCCAAAGGAGGGAAUAAAGGAGAAAAAAAUGCAAGGUCAUGGAUAUAUUCCCAUUUUCAGUUUGAAGAUAGAUUAGCUUAUAACUUGUACCAUUUUUUUUUUUUUUUUCCUUAAUUCUUUUGAUUUGUUUUUCUUGUUUAUCCCAAGUUGGGUAAAAAGUGAACUUUACAGAUGAUAAAAUGUUAAAUGAUUCAUAUCAUAGUUGUAAUAGUUAUAUGGAUCCACACUCUUGUCAAGUGUAAGCUUGUACUCGUUCAAUUUGAUUUUACUUGGUUACUGCAAAAAUUGGUUUGUUGUAGAAGGUUUAUGGAUUUAUCUAGUUAAAAACAUUAUGGCA